AUGGCGUUCCCGCCGCGGCUCCUGCUGCCGCCCCGGCCCCCCUCGCCCUCGCCCGCACCGGCGCGGGCCUCCGCGCGGCCCAGCGGCGGCGGGGGGCGGACGGCGCCGGAGCUGUCGGGCCCGACGCCGCGGGUGGUGGUGGUGACCUCCGGCAAGGGCGGCGUGGGGAAGACCACCACCACGGCCAACCUGGCGGCCUCCCUGGCGCGGCUCGGGCUCCCCGUGGUGGCCGUGGACGCCGACGCCGGCCUCCGGAACCUCGACCUGCUGCUGGGGCUGGAGAACCGGGUGAACCUGACCGCCGCCGACGUGCUCGCCGGGGACUGCCGCCUCGACCAGGCCCUCGUCCGCCACCGCUCCCUCCGGGGCCUCCACCUGCUCUGCCUCUCCAAGCCCCGCUCCAAGCUGCCCCUCGCCUUCGGCUCCAAGACCCUCACCUGGGUCGCCGACGCCCUCCGCCGCGGCGCCGACCCGCCCGCCUUCAUCCUCAUCGACUGCCCCGCAGGUGUUGAUGCCGGGUUUGUCACAGCCAUAGCCCCUGCAGAAGAGGCGGUGCUUGUCACCACUCCCGACAUCACGGCACUCCGUGAUGCAGACCGUGUCGCGGGGCUGCUGGAGUGCGACGGCAUCAAGGACAUCAAGAUCAUCGUGAACAGAGUGCGGCCGGACCUGGUGAGGGGGGAGGACAUGAUGUCAGCUCUCGACGUGCAAGAAAUGCUCGGGUUGCCUCUGCUAGGCGUUGUGCCGGAAGAUUCAGAGGUAAUCCGCAGCACAAACAGGGGCGUGCCGUUGGUGCUGACGGACCCGCCCACGCCCGCGGGCCUCGCCCUGGAGCAGGCGACGUGGCGUCUGGUGGAGCGGGACGCGAUGACGGCCGUCAUGGUCGAGGAGCAGGAGCGGCCCAAGAAGAAGGGCGGCUUCUUCUCCUUCUUCGGCGGGUGA